UUUUCCCAAUAAUAAACGAGGGAAGAAAACGAGUUUUAAAGGAAGAAGAUUUAUACAAAUGUUCAAGAUAUCAUACUUCAGAGUAUCUUGGCGAUCUGCUACAGAAAGAAUGGAAUCAGGAAUUGCAGAAGAAAAAUUCGAGCAUAAUGAAAGCUUUAUUACGUUUUGUUGGUUGGAAAUACUUAAUAAUUAUUCUACUUGUACUCAUUCAGAUGACAGCGUCAAUUGCAGGCCAAGCAUACUUCAUAGGAUUAAUAAUAAAUUAUUUUGAAAACAGAGAGGAACGGAAUCAAUACAAGUUGUAUGCUACAGUUGCGGGAUUUUUUGUUGUACUUGCGAUGUAUUUCUGUAUAUAUAAUAUUAAUGCGUUUAUAACUGAAAUCUAUGCAAUGAAAUUAAAGAUAGCUUUCUGCACCCUUAUAUAUAGAAAGGCAAUUAGGCUAAGUCCUUCGUCUCUGGAAAGAUCGAAUGUAGGACAAAUGGUAAAUCUUUUAGCAAACGACGUCGGCAAAUUCCAAAAUAAAGUUAUUUCCCUAUCACUUUUAUUUACGUCGCCUUUUUUCAUCAUUACUUCAAUAGCCAUGUUGUGGAAAUAUUAUGGAUGGACUAUUCUAAUUGGAUUCUUAGUCAUAUUUCUUUAUUUUCCUAUACAACUUGCUUUGAGUAAACUAUAUUCUAAAUUGAGAUUACAAGCAGCUGUAUUGGGAGACGAAAGAUUGAAUCUGUUGAACGAGAUGAUUGCUGAUAUGAGGUUAAUAAAGAUGUACACCUGGGAAUUGCCAUAUGCCGCAUUAAUAGAAAAAAUCAGAGUGAAAGAAAUGAAAAAAAUUCGAAAGUUUUUAUACGCAAGUGGAAUAUCGUAUAUAUUGGCGUAUCCUAUAUCGAAAUUAUUCAUUCUCCUCGCAUAUCUGGCAUUCUUUUUAAAUGGAGGACAAUUAAAUGCCGAAAUUAUAUUCGUCACAAUGACAGUUUCAAUGUAUAUCUACAACGACAUUGUUGCUCUGUUUUCUCAAGCAGUAGGAUUUGUUGCAGAAAUUUUGGUUUCGUUAAAAAGAAUACAGGAUUUUCUCCUCCUUCAAGAAAGAGAGAACGAUGCAGACAAUACUGUAAGAGAAAGAGAAAAUUCAACCGAAUACGAGAUACGAAUGGAUAGUGUCACAGCUGCGUGGAAAAAAGAAUUCGAACCAACAUUAAAUGGGAUAUCACUAAACAUGCAGUCGAGAGAAUUAUUAAUUGUUAUUGGUCCUGUUGGAUCAGGGAAGUCGUCUUUACUAAUGUCCGUGUUGGGAGAGAUUCCAAUUACUUCCGGUAAAGUGUCCGUGAAAGGAAAGAUUUCGUAUGCUUCUCAAGAAGCUUGGGUAUUCAACGCAACUAUCAGGGAAAACAUCUUGUUUGGAGAAGAAUAUCAAGAAGACAAAUAUAGAAAAAUCUUGCAUAUAACGGCAUUAGAAAAGGAUAUUAGCUUAUUUCCUAAAGGAGAUCUGACAAUCGUAGGAGAAAAAGGAGUGAUAAUGAGCGGUGGGCAGAAGGCAAGAAUUAAUUUAGCAAGAACGCUAUAUGUCGAUGCCGAUAUUUUCCUCCUGGAUGAUCCACUGAGUGCUGUCGAUGUUCCAGUGGCAAAACAUAUCUUCGAAAAGUGUAUAAUGGAAUAUUUGAAAGACAAGAUAUGCAUUUUAGUUACGCAUCAAAUACAAUUUUUAAACUCUGCGUGUAGAAUUUUAGCGUUAAAGAAGGGAAAAUGUGAAUUUAUUGGAAAUUUUAAACAAUUGGAAAAUUUACAAAUGAAUACAGGAAUAUUACCAAAGGAAAAAGUCUCUGAAAACAUUGAUAUAGAGAGUGCAGUUUUUAAUGAUGAUGAUAAUGAAAUUAGAAGUUUUCAAUGUGAUACGAAUGAUGAUAUUAAAGACAGAAACAAGAGUAAUGAGGAAACGGAAAAAAACCAAAGUCCACGGGACAAUGAAGGAGUUAAGAAACCAGGAAUUUCAGUUUAUAAAUCAUACGUGAAUGCCGGAGCGGGACUUUUCUUCAAGAUUGUUAUUUUAUCCACGCUAAUUAUAUCGCAAUCUUUUACAACUGCCAGCGACUAUUGGCUAAUCAAAUGGUUGCAAGAUAUAAGAAUCUAUAGCCACAGCAUAGAGAAUUUCGAAAAUAUUACAUCUAACACAAGUAUUUUUCACAACAUUGAAGACAAAAAUUUUUAUCACAGUGAAGAAUUCAACAUGUAUGUUUACAUUGGAUUGAUAUGUGCCGUAUUUCUAACGAUGUUAACUUCUGGUUUAUUGUUAUACAAAUUUUUCACAAUUGCUUCUUUCAAGCUACACAACAAUAUGUUUCGUUGUAUCAUUCGAACUCCGAUAUCAUUUUUGGAUAACAAUCCCGUUGGAAAAAUUUUAGUUCGGUUUUCUAAAGAUGUUAAAUCGAUGGAUGAUUUGUUACCUUUCUUUACUUUCAUGCUGAUAAGAGGAUAUUUUCUGGUUGUUGGCGCAUGUGUUCUUCAAGCGAUACUCUGUCCUUAUCUAUUCAUAUUGAUUGCUGUCCUUUUAGCAAUAUUCUGUGCUUUGUGGACCAUCUAUAGCCGAGUAUUGAAAAGUGUAAAACAUUUGGAAGGAAAAUUGAGAAAUCCAGUAUUUUCACAUCUGAGUGUAUCUCUUUACGGACUGACGACAAUUAGAGCAUUUAAAGCUGAAAGCAGAUUUAAAUCCAUGUUUAAUAAGUAUCAGGAUAAGCAUACUUCAACGUUGUUUAUUUAUGCGUGUUUAGUUCGAUGGAUUGCCAUAUACGGUCACAUAAUUUCUUUUAUAAAUCUAAUUAUUACUGUUAUUAUUUUUAUUGUUUCAAAUAAUUCAGCUGAAGCAGGAAGCAAAAUUGGACUUAUACUGAAUUACGGAAUAUUGAUAAUUAUAAAUAUUCAAUUCCUCAUUUCAUUUACAUCUGAAAUGGAAUUUCAGAUGAACUCGGUAAAGCGCAUUCUGAAAUACAGCAAAUUGAAAUCGGAAGCCUCGUAUGAAAGUUUGCCCGAUAAACGACCACCCUCGGACUGGCCACAGACAGGAGUAAUUCAUUUCGAUAAUGUUUCUUUACAAUACUCCGAGGAUAAAAACAUCGUUCUAAAGAAUUUGACUUUUCGUAUUGGCUCGGGAGAAAAGAUAGGAAUUGUCGGGAGAACAGGAGCUGGAAAGAGUUCUAUAAUUGCUUCGUUAUUUCGCAUGACGGAGCCAACGGGAACAAUCACCAUCGAUGGAAUCGACAUCAAGGAAAUCGGUCUUCGAGAUCUACGUAGUAAAAUAUCCAUCAUUCCUCAAGAACCGAUGUUGUUUACCGGUCCUCUUCGAAGGAACAUCGAUCCCUUCGACGAAUAUUCGGAAGAAACUCUGUGGAAAGUCAUAGAAGAGGUACAGUUAAAAGAAGUUAUUAGUAAAUUACCUGGAGGGUUGGAUACGCACUUAACGGAAGGAGGGAGGAAUUUCAGCGUGGGAGAAAGACAGUUGAUUUGUCUGGCCCGAACCAUUCUUCGCCGGAAUAAAAUUCUCGUCAUGGACGAAGCAACGUCCAAUAUCGAUAAAAGGACCGAUUCCUGUCUACAGAAAAUAAUUCGAGAAAGAUUUAAAUCUUGUACUGUGUUGACAAUAGCCCACAGAUUAAAUACAAUCAUCGAUUCGGAUAGAGUUCUGGUACUAGAUACCGGGAAAUUACAAGAAUUUGACUCGCCGUAUGCCUUACUGAAGAACGUAAACGGUAUAUUUUAUAACUUGGUUAAGAAGACGGGAGUAACUUCAAUGAAUGAAUUAUACAAAAUUGCCAAAGCGAAAUAUUACGCUAAAGAAAGGGUCGAACAAACAAAACUAUAAAACAGUGGAUUGUAUUCAAUGUAUAUCCGUCUUUUACAGAUCCGGUGUUACGUUUUUUAUUUAAUCCUGUUCUUAGAAAUAUUAAGUCAAGUUCUUAAACAUUAAGUUAGUAUUUUCGCACAUCAAGUAAAAUAUAAAAUUAAUUUUACGUUUUACUUGACAUGUUUUACUUGACAUGAUAUUUAACAUUUGUGAGUUUGUUAAAUUUAUCUAUGGUAAACAUCAUUGAAAGUAAUCAGAAGGUUUAGCAGAUAAUGGUUUUAGGAAUACUUACAAUGGUUAAUUUAAGAAUUGAAGUGAAUUUUCAAGUAUUAAAAAACAGUAAAUGAGUUUAAUUUAAAUAAUUUAAUACAAGUUUUGUUUAUGAAUUCCAUUAGGAAAAUCUUAAUCGAAAAUAUAAUUCUAAUUCUAAAUAUGUAUCCCAGCAAAAAUUUGCAUCACGAUAAGUAAAAAUAAAAUUAGCCAAAAUUUUUUUGAA